AUGGAGAAUAAUCCAAGGCAUAAUGGAGGAGGGGAUCAAAGAAGAAACACGCAAACACCAUGGAACAAUUCAUACCACAACAGGAAUACAAUCGGUGGAGGAUACAAACAGCCAAACAUUCGCAAAUACAAUGGAGAUCCUGAAGAUCCAAGAAGGAGGAAAGUAGAUGGCCAUACAUUUACACACAGUCAAUUCACUGGAGGCAGCUACAGGCAAAGAUUUGUAUCUGAGCAACAACAUCCUAAUAUGCAAAAAUGUGUUGAAUUAAGAUACGAAACUAUUCAAGAGCAGGCACAGCAUAGAAGCGAGAGGAAUGCACUGCGUGCAAAGAGAAACGGCGCACCUUCAAAGUCAAUAGGUUUAUUUGGACUGGGAGCAUACGUUACAGAAGAGGACAUAACAGAGUUUCUCAAGGAAAAGGUAUGUGAAAUCCAGAGAUAUAAAGUGGUGAUUGUAUAUGACAAGUACAAGAAAGUGUCGAAGGGAUAUGGGUUCCUGCAGUUUGAAACAUUGGAUGACGCCAUAACGGCAAAAAAGAAGCUUUUAGGACAAACAAUAAAAGGAAAAGAAAUAAGGAUAGACUACUCAAUUGAGUAA